UCCCAGCUGCGACUAACGUGGAAACCUCCGGUCGCCCCUCGAAAGCAAAGCCAGAGCCCCCCCGGUGAGCUGCAGUGGAUCCACCCGUCCGGGCAGAGAAAAAAAGUGCUACAGUUGGCCCAGGAACAAGGGAGUGCAGGUCGCACAACGUCUGCUGGCACGGGGGGCAUGUGGAGAUUCUACACAGAGGAUUCUCCUGGCCUCAAAGUCGGUCCUGUUCCAGUUCUCGUAAUGAGUCUUCUUUUUAUUGCGUCUGUAUUUAUGUUGCACAUCUGGGGCAAAUACACACGGUUAAGUAGAUUUGGUUGGGGUCCCACUGUAUUGUAG